AUGGGAUGCGAGUAUGUGAAUAGCACUUCUAGUUACUGCCCACGGGGAUCUCCGGUAGAAUGGACCUGGGAACGCUUGAGGGGGGGCCGGGGCGGAGAGAAUCAAGUAUUGCGCUCUACUCUACUCCAGUUGAUCACUUCUGUCCUGGAUGAAAUGCAUCUCAUCGCUCGCAUCGGUGGUUGUAGAGAUUCGGGGGGAAAGGACAUGGCAUACAGCAAGAAGACUGGGCACGCUCUUGUGAGUAGAACAUAA